GACCAGGAACGCCCUGAGCGCUGUGCGGGUUCGGAGCCCUGUACCGAGACGGGCUCAAAUUACUCAAAUUCUAGAGGCGCCGGACAUUCUCAAGGCGCAAGCUCGGUUUUCUGUGCAUAGUGCGCGUCUGAGCACCAGGCACGCUCAGAAGAGCCGAGCCCAAGCUUCUGUUCUCGGGUACCCGGGAGUCUGGCGGGGAGGCGGGGGGGGAAGGGGGAGUCUGGCGGGCUCUGACUUGAGGCGCCUCACAGAAAAACCUCCAAGUGGCACCUCGGAGCCCGUGACAUUCGUCGGAUGCCUAUUCCCUGCCUAGUCGCCGCCGCUGGAUACGCAGGGCCGGCCCAAGAGACAUUCUCCCAACACUUCUUCUGCAAGGGCUCCAGAGCUAGGGGGAGGUCUGCCUCUCAGCCUCCCCAGAUUUGGGGCGCAUGAGCCUAGCUGGGACUUGAAGAAGACUCAACCUGUCUCGCUAGGCAUUGACCGACGGAUGCACUGGGCAAAGAAAGUGCUCCCCACCGGAGCUCUCCCUGCAAGUGCACCGCCCGGGGGGUACCAAGCCCAGCCGCAUGCGCACCUCGGCGAGCCCACCCCGCCCCGCUCCGGAGGGGGUGUAUAUAGAUAGAGAGAGGCCGUCUGCUCAGAAGCGGGGGGAACCUGACAGCGCGAGGACCGCUCCGUGGGAGCCUGGCGGCGCGGCACCUCUCUGCGCCCGACCCACGGAUCCAGGAGGACCCCGCGCGGGAUCUGCAGGGAACAGCGCGAGGGCUAUGGAGCCUCUGAGCCGACGCAGGGACGAAGUCAUGGGCUUCCUCGGCCCGGGAGUCGACGAGGGCGGGGAAGAGCCGCAGGAAACCCAGCCUGUGGCCAUGUCGCUGACCCACGAGGGAGCGGCGGCCGAGUUCACACCUGACCACGGCGGGGGAGCAGACCAGGUCAUGGAGGCAGCUGACGGCGAGGGUGACGGUGACGGUGACGGUGACGGCGAGGGUGACGGUCAGGGCCAGCGCGACGGUGACGGUCAGGGCCAGCGCGACGGUGACGACGGUCAGGGCCAGCGCGACCGUGACGGUGAAGGCCAGCGCGACGGCGAGGAGGCAAUGGGUGACGAGGCCGCGGGAUUUCCACUGCCGGCGGGCGACGGGACCCCCCAGGGGCACGGCGACCAGGGCCCAGCGCCAGGGCGGCCGCCCCAGGCCACCGUCGCGUGUCCCCUGCCGGGCAACGGGCAGCAGGCGGGCCAGCGCAUCGUGUUCAGCCGCGUGCAGCUGCAUGAGCUGGAGAGCGUGUUCCAGCGCACCCAGUACCCCAGCGCGCCUACGCGCCAGGAGCUUGCAAGAUUCAUGGAUGUGUCUGAAGCCAGAGUGCAGGGAGAGGUUUCGGAAGAUGAAACCUUUAGCCAUCCAUCCUUAAGGGAAAGCUGUCGUGGAAAGAUCCAGCGCGUCCCUAUUGAUGAUUUUCUGUACGUGGAAGGUGGGCGUUGUUCCCCGCAGCAGGACUUUUGA